AUAAAUUGAGAAAGGCAGUAAGAGAAUUGUCUCAUGCUAUCCACCUUCAGCCAGAUGGAAUCCAACUGUAUAUCAUAAGAGGACAGUAUCUUCUUAGGAUGAAACGUUAUGAUCUUGCAAAGUUCACUAUUUAUCAAGUAGCAGAAAUGAACAAAGGUCUCAUUGAGUUGAGUCCUACACAGCAAGCACUCAUUUAUUCAUUUUGUGAAAACCAUGACAAAGCUAUUCAGGUCUUAGAAGGCGUCAUUAUGAAUAAGCCUGAGGUCACCAUGUAUGCUUUGUUAGCAAAAACUCAAAUGAAGGCCAAGAGAAACAAGGAAGCCAUGAAAAUGUUUAAAAAGGCGUUGGACAUCUUUUCUCACUCUGACAAAGGAGCAGAUGCUGUGGCUGUUUCAGCAGACUGUCUGUACCACUUGGGUCUUUGUUACAUGGAGGAAGGCAGCUUACAACUGACUUAUAAACUAGCAAUUACAGACUUAACUACAGCUAUCAAGAUGGAUAAAAAUAGUUACAUAGCAUUUUAUAACAGAGCCUUAUGUUAUACCAAGAUAAAUGAACUUCGAAUGGCCUUAACAGAUUAUGGCAUUGUGCUUCUUCUUGAUGCUGGAGGAACUGUGAUUUUAAACACCUUCAUUAAUCGUGGACUCAUCUACACAGAACUAGGGCAAUUCAGUUUUGCAUUAGAGGAUUUUAAACAAGCUGCAUUGAUGAGCAAGACAAACGUGAGCCUUUGUCAAGCUACUGCCAUGUGCUGUCACAGAAAUAAAGAGUUUGAAGAAGCUGUCAAUUUUUUCACACGGGCUCUUAAAACUGAUCCAUGUUUUCCGGAUGCUUACAUUGGACGGGGAAAUUCUUACAUGGAAUAUGGACACGAGGAGGCCACCAAACAAGCACAGAAGGACUUUCUGAAAGCAUUGCAUGUUAAUCCAAUGUAUGCAAAAGCCAGAAUUUGUUUAAGCUAUAAUUUGCAGGCCCAAGGAAAAUUCCAGAAAGCUUGGAACCACUUUACCAUUGCCAUAGAAGUUGAUCCAAAGAACUACUUAGCAUAUGAAGGAAGAGCUGUGGUCUGUCUUCAGAUGGGUGAUUAUUUUGCUGCCAUUCAGGAUAUAAAUGCUGCCAUAAAGAUCAAUACUACAGCAGAAUUCUUAACAAACCGUGGUGUGAUUCAUGAAUUUAUGGGUCAACAACAGAACGCAAUGAGAGACUAUCAAGCAGCGAUUUCGCUAAACCCCACAUACUCACUGGCUUACUUUAAUGCAGGAAAUAUCUACUUUCACCACAGGCAGUUUUCCCAGGCUAGUGACUACUUCUCAAAGGCUUUAAAGUUUGACCCAGAAAAUGAAUGUGCUACUAUGAAUCGAGCUAUUGCAAAUACAGUAUUAAAGAAAUAUGAAGAAGCAAAAGAAGAUUUUGCACAUGUAGUUGAAAGCUGUCCGUUUUGGGCUGCAGUGUAUUUUAACAGAGCAUACUUCUACUGUUGUUUAAAGCAAUAUGAACUAGCUGAAGAAGACCUCGGUAAAGCUCUCUCUUUGAAACCUAAUGAUGCUCUAGUGUAUCAUCUUAGAGCGGAAGUUCGUGGUAAAAUAGGUCUGACUGAGGAAGCUAUGGCUGACUAUAACCAAGCACUUGAUCUUCAAGAACAUGCCUCAGUGGUAUGACUACAUAGACUGUGGAUUCUCUUACACAAUGUUCUUCGAAAAAUUGAAAUGUAUUUGUCACUUUAAAAAAAGUUUGCACUGUCUUCAUUGUUGUAUUCA